UAAAUAUUCUCCUCUUAUUAAAUUUCGGCUUGAACUGGUCUUGUUGCAAUUGCUCUAAAUAAAAUAAAAUUAACUAGAGCAGACUAGAGCGAACGGUCAACGAAUAUUUUAGUAAUAGUAUUGAGUAUUCAUUAUUCUGUGGAACGAAGAGUCUAGACUCUAAAAUAACACAUAUAUUUGCGAAAACAUCAAAAUUAAUAAUAAAUACGAAGCUUGUUCGCGGGUUUAAUAUAAUAUAUUGUUGAUUUGUUUUGUGCGUUUAUUAAGUCAAUUGUCAGCUGUGGAAAUAUGCCGAAAUAUUAUUGUGAUUAUUGCGAUACUUAUUUAACACAUGAUUCUCCAAGUGUGAGAAAGACACACUGCACUGGACGGAAACAUAAAGACAAUGUUAAGUUUUUCUAUCAAAAAUGGAUGGAAGAGCAGGCACAGCAUUUGAUCGACGCAACUACUGCAGCGUUUAAAGCUGGAAAGAUUGCGCAAAAUCCUUUCGGAGGGAAGGGUGCUGCAAUUCCACCACCAUGGGAUCCGUCUGUAAUGGGACCUGGAGGACCAAGACCACCUGUACAGCCCCCAAAUGGUCCACCAGGCAUGAUACCUCCCCCUACAAUGGGUCCUGGGGGUCCUAUGGCACCACCAAUGAUGAUGGGACCCCAUGGACCUAUGCCACCCAUGAUGGGAAUGCGACCUCCUAUGAUGGGUAUGAUGGGACCUAUGGGGCCUAUAGGACCAAUGGGUCAAAUGAGACCACCACUAAUGAAUGGCCCUCCGAUGAACAAAUAGUGAUAGUGAAAUGUGAAUUGUGUGAACAUGUGAAGGAAUGGUGAAAAUCUUAAUUGUAAUAAGAAGGAAAAAUUUUCUACUCAAAUAAAUUUACCUCUCAUUAA